UCAACUCCAUCAUGGCCUUUAACGCAGCCGAAGCGUCAGCCGACUUGUCCCAGCGGUGGACGCGUGUGCAGGCACAGCUCGAGUCCGAGACAACGCCAGAGGCCAAGGUGCCCGAGGUGUAUCAGGCUACUGCAGGCGCCAAGAAGCUGAUUGGUGGAGGGAAUGGUGACGGAUCGACUCGGUUUAUGGAUCUGCUUCAAAGAGCUGUGGCCGAGGCCGAGGCUGCUGGCAUGAUGACGGGAACGACGACCACGACGACGGCAACGGGCGCAUCGGCCUGAUGAGACUACGGGCUCGAUGUGGACAGCGAAUGGAUGGAUGUGGAUAGAUGCGGGGAUGGUGGUUGUACGCAGUAUCGUCUGGUCGGUGGCCGCCAUGGUGGCCGCCAUGGUAGCCGCCAUGGUGGCCGCCA